CCCGGAUGUUCGUUGGGGAUUCAACAUGGCGGCGGUAGUGGCCGCGGCGGCCGCGGCGCAAGAGAGUUGAAGGAGGUGCGAGGGCGCAGAAUUCCGGGCCGAGCAGCUAGGCCGCUAAGCGACUGCAUUGCCGAGCCGCUCCAACACAGCUUCCCCUGUGACCUCGGGCAAGAGUCUCUUGAGUCCCCACAUCUGGAGCAGGAGGAGGAUGAUUCUAGCUGCCUCCCAGGAUUGCUGUGAUGAUUAAAUGAGUAACCUGGAGACCCGAGAGAAGACGUCACCUUCCUGAGGGCAGUGCUAGCCCCACCAGCAUCUAAUCAGGUCUCUGUGAACCUAGGGGCCACAUGUGGCUGGUAUUUACUUACUUUUCCUCACAGCAGCCCUGUAAAGGUUGAUCCAUGGCACAGAGAGGUUGAGUCACUUGCUCAAGGUCACAGGUAGUACCUGGCAGAGAGAUUGCACUCUGGCCUUCACAUCACAUCUCUGGGCUCCCUGUGGGAUGCCACUAUCAGCAUGUCGCCCCUUCAGCAUUUAUUAUUACCAUCCUAAUGAUAAGGGAGUGUCACAGUGAGGGUGGCUGGGUAUCCUUCUACGGCAGGUCUCAGAAACUAUCUGCUGAGGGAGUAACCAAAGUGCAUGGUGUUCUCAGCCCAGACUCAGGCCUGGGUGAGCUGGGGUGCUUGUGGCCAAGCCGGUGGCACCAUUCACUGAGCACACAGGCCAGAUGUGAGGUGGGACACGGGGGGACUGAGCAGGUGAGACAUUCUAGUGGUGGGGUGUGGACAUAGAACCAGCAAAUACAGAACGAACAGCAGAAUUUUCACAGCUUCCAUGUGCUGUGAAGGUGAUGUGUAGAGGGUGGUGGGACCUGCGGCCGUUUCCUCAGGGUGGUCAGAAAAGGAUUUGCUGAGUACUCUGAGAGAGGAAAUGGGGGCCGGAGGAUCUGAGCAGGGGAGAGAUGUGACCUGAUGUGGAUGUCCACAGGCCCCCUCUCUCUGCAUGUGAGGCACAGAUUGGGGGUGCUGAAGACAGAGACCCUGAAGGAGGCUGCCAUCUCCCAUUCCAGGCCUGGUAGGAGCCCAAGUCUGAGCCCACGUGGUGCUGAGGCUUCAGCGCCAUGUUUGGGAAGAAGAAGAAGCGGGUGGAGAUCUCAGCACCAUCCAACUUUGAGCACCGCGUGCACACGGGCUUUGACCAGAAUGAACAGAAGUUCACAGGGCUGCCCCGCCAGUGGCAGAGCCUGAUCGAGGAGUCAGCUCGCCGGCCCAAGCCCCUGGUCGACCCUGCCUGCAUCACCUCCAUCCAGCCUGGGGCCCCAAAGACCAUCGUGCGGGGCAGCAAAGGUGCCAAGGAUGGGGCCCUCACACUGCUGCUGGACGAGUUUGAGAACAUGUCGGUGACACGCUCCAACUCUUUGAGGAGAGACAGUCCACCACCACCCGCCCGUGCCUGCCAGGAAAAUGGGAUGCCAGAGGAGCAGGCCACCAUGGCCCGAGGGGGCCCAGAAAAGGCGGGCGGCCGAGGCCGGAACACCAGUCACAGUGAGGCUGGUGGCAGCAGUGGUGACAGGCGGCGGGUAGGGCCAGAGAAGAGGCCCAAGUCUUCCAGGGAGGGCUCAGGGGGGCCCCAAGAGCCCUCCCGGGACAAACGCCCCCUCUCUGGGCCUGAUGUUGGCACCCCCCAACCUGCUGGUCUGGCCAGUGGGGCGAAACUGGCAGCUGGCCGGCCCUUUAACACGUACCCUCGGGCCGAUACGGACCACUCAUCCCGGGGUGCCCAGGGAGAGCCUCGAGACAUGGCCCCUAAUGGGCCAUCAACAGGGGGCCUGGCUGUCCCCCAGUCCUCCCGGCCUCCCACCCACAUCCGUGGCCCCCCUGGCUCUGGGAUGCUGGGCCCCCAUGCCUCCGAGCCUCAGCUGGCCCCUCCAGCCCAUACCCCCGCCACCCCUGCUGCCCCUGGGCCUCCCGGUCCCCGCUCACCACAGCGAGAACCACAGCGAGUGUCCCAUGAGCAGUUCCGGGCUGCCCUGCAGCUGGUAGUGGACCCAGGCGACCCUCGCUCCUACCUAGACAACUUCAUCAAGAUUGGCGAGGGCUCUACGGGCAUCGUGUGCAUUGCCACUGUGCGAAGCUCGGGCAAGCUAGUGGCUGUCAAGAAGAUGGACCUGCGCAAGCAGCAGAGACGAGAGCUGCUCUUCAACGAGGUGGUGAUUAUGCGGGACUACCAGCAUGAGAACGUGGUGGAGAUGUAUAACAGCUACCUAGUGGGCGACGAGCUCUGGGUGGUGAUGGAGUUCCUGGAAGGAGGUGCCCUUACUGACAUCGUCACCCACACCAGGAUGAACGAGGAGCAGAUUGCUGCGGUGUGCCUGGCCGUGCUGCAAGCCUUGUCUGUGCUCCACGCCCAGGGCGUCAUUCACCGGGACAUCAAGAGUGACUCCAUCCUGCUGACCCACGAUGGCAGGGUGAAGCUGUCAGACUUCGGGUUCUGUGCCCAGGUGAGCAAGGAGGUGCCACGGAGGAAGUCACUGGUCGGCACACCUUACUGGAUGGCCCCAGAGCUCAUCUCCCGGCUUCCCUAUGGGCCAGAGGUAGACAUCUGGUCACUAGGAGUAAUGGUGAUCGAGAUGGUGGAUGGGGAGCCACCCUACUUCAAUGAGCCACCUCUCAAAGCGAUGAAGAUGAUUCGGGACAACCUGCCACCUCGACUAAAGAACCUGCACAAGGUUUCACCAUCCCUGAAGGGCUUCCUGGACCGCCUGCUGGUGCGCGACCCUGCACAGAGGGCCACCGCAGCAGAGCUGCUGAAGCAUCCAUUCUUGGCCAAGGCGGGGCCGCCUGCCAGCAUCGUGCCCCUCAUGCGCCAGAACCGCACCAGAUGAGGCCCAGGGCCUGCCCCUGAACCAAAGAGCCCCUUGGGUCGCCCCAGCCCUCCAAGGCCAGUAGGGCCACUCUUCCUGGCCCAGGAAACACUCCGUAUGGCACAACCCUCUUUGCUGGGAGUGGGUGUAAGGGACCCCACUACUGAACUUUGGUUUUGAUUUUAUGACUUAAAAAAUCACAGUGACCAUGGGAGUAAGUGAGGAUCCCAGGUCCUCCCCAUGUUCUUCUGUCUCCAGGAAGGACAGGUGGUCCUCCGAUCACUGGAAACCUGCAGCGGGGGUUGCUGAGGGUGGAGAGAACACUAUGAAAGAGGUGUGUAUGUGUGUGUGUGUGCGCGUGCGCGCGCAAGUGUGCAUAUGUGUGUGUGCUGAAGGUCCAGUUACUCUGUCCUAUAGCUUGCAAGUGUGUGUUUCUGACACCUUGCCUGACUUCCAGCCCCCUUUCCCCCUGAGCCAUUGCGGGGGGGUUGAUCAUGAAUGUCCGAAGAGUGGCCUUUUCCUGUAGCCCUGCACACCUCUCUGGAUGGGAGACAGGGGUCGGGGCCUUUACCCACCCCCAGCCUCUGCAGCAAAUGACUACUGCACCUGGACAGCCUCUUUUCUAGACGUCUAUUUAUAUUGUCAUUUUAUAACACUCGAACCCCUGCCCCAACAUGGGGACUGAUGGUCCCUGUCCUGCGCGGUGGCACCGGAGACAGAACCACUGCCUGAAGGAUCAGGUUCCUGCACGGUCAACGCAGCCCCGCCCACCCCUAAAGUUAGUUUUACAAUUAAAACAUUGUCUUGUUU